AUGCCCGGCAAGCUGCGUACCGUUCUACACCAAAUCUCCUCGGGUAAACGUAGCAGCAGCGACAAGAUGGGGCUGGAAACAACACACGCGGCCGCGAGCGAAAGAGAGUACGACGUUGUGGUGCUUGGCGCUACGGGACACACUGGCCAGCUGGCCGCCAUGUAUCUGGACAAGCAUGCGGAGAGCCCUCGGUUCGCCAUAGCGGGACGCAAGCAGGCUGCUCUGCUCGAGCUCAAGCAGCGUGGCAAGAUGCAAGACUCUGUCGGUGUGCUGGUUGUCGACACGGGACACUUGAAAGGGCUCGAGAGCGUUGCGGCGAGGACAAAGGUGUUGAUCAAUGCUGUCGGGCCGUACCGGGCGUUGGGGGGUGCAAAGGUGGUGGAGGCCUGUAUCAGGGCUGGAACGCACUAUGUCGACAGCUCUGGAGAGACCGACUUUUACGGUGAGAUCGUCGCUCGCUUUCACGAGCAGGCAGAGCAGGCGAGGGUCAAAGUCGUGCUGUCGGCUGCGUUUGCGUGUCUACCCAUGGACCUGGCCGCCACGCUUUCAGCACGUAAAGUCUCCCAGCUAGCUUCUUCUGCGCCAACUAGCCGUCGUCGGCGCACACAAAAGGAGGAGCAGAACAUCGUGGUCGACUGCGGCUUCUCGUUGCCAGAAGGAGGAGCAUCUGCGGGCUCGCUGUUGAGCACAGUGGCAGUGGCCAGACACGCUCCGGAGGUACUUAAGCAGCAGGGCUCGCGGUGGCUGACCCCCGACUCGGCGUACACUGGCGCGCGAGCUACUGCGAUUGGUGACGAGAAAGUGGACCGACUCGCGUAUCCCGGUGUCAGACGCCUUGCGUAUAUGGACAAGUGGGGCGCGCAGACGCCGUUCAGCGCACACAACGUUCGUGUGAUUACUCGAACCGCUGCGCUAUCCGGCUUGCCCUUUGUGUAUCGAGAGACGGUUGCGCUGCCGUACGACUGGCUGGCAUACCUGAUGGCCUGGAUCAGUGCCGGCUUCAUCUGGCUGCUCGCCCACUCGUCUCUCGUCCGAUUUAUGAUCGAAAAGAUCGCAUCCGCUUUGCCUAAGCACGCUGCUGCCAGCCUCGAAGAGCACAUGAAGGGCUCGGUGAACUUUUCUGCGCUGGCGACCGUCGUUGACCUCAAGGAUGCGCAGGGCAAGCCUUUGCAGGCCGUGUGCAGGAUCAAGGCUGCUCACCAGGACUCGUACCUGCUCAGCGCAGUGACGAUGGCCGAGACUGCACUCACUAUCAUCGCUGCACCCAAGACCAAACGUGCGGGUGGUGUGCUCACUCCAAGCCUCGUCGGCGUCGACACGUACGUUGAACGCCUGACCAAGCACGCCAACUUCCGCUUCCAGGUGGAGCCGUUCUCAGAGCAAGAUGUGUAG